UGUUGAGGACUUCAGAUUCCUGGAGAGAAAGAGACCUCUCUGGCCGGCAGUGGUCCCAAGUCUCCUUCCACAUGCUCCUACAAAGAAGGGUGGGCCUCAUCCUCACUGAUUCAGUUUCCCCAUCCGUGUGACGACCCAAGCCACCUGCUGACUAGAGAAAGACUAAUCCCAAUAUUCAGGAGAAUGACUAUCAACUACAAAGCUCCCACUCUGUGUGAGGGGCUUUACGUGUGCUAUCAUUAAUUCUCGUGUUAGUGUUUUAAAGCUGGCAGGACUAGCCUAUUUACCAGAUGAGGAAAAAGAGACGUGCUCAGAUGGACAGAGGUUUAAGGUACAAGCUAAGCUGCCCACACGGACAGGGAGGGUAACUGUCUCUUAGGAGCAGCCCCACCCCAUCCCAGGCAGGGACUGAAGAGAGCAGGGCAGCAGCUGGGUGGCUCUGCAGAUGGAGUGGUCCCCCUCUGGGUCCUCUCCUCCAUCCCCCCCUCAUCCCUUGGUCACGGACGCUGUCACUGUUUCUCUCAGGUCAAGAUUUUCUCCCUAUCGAUGUUUAUUGGAUCUCUGGCUAUUUCAGCCGGAACAGUUAGCCAUUACUUCCUCCAGGAAGCCUUCCUGGAAUGCUCAGGUCAAGUUGAGCCCAGCGCUGAUGGUUCCUCUGGCUUGGCUCCUGCCAACCCGGAUUGUAACUGUUUUCAUUUUCAGCUCCCUCACUAGACUGGCAACCCUGUGGGCCACAAAACGUUUGUCCCUCUGUCUCCCGGGGUUUUUCUGGGCUUUGCAUCUGCCUCUGAGUAUCUGGUCUGUGAAAUUUUCAGUGUCUCUGUCUCUGUCUCCAUCUCUGGGUCCCUGAAUGUCUCGGCGUCUGUGGUUUUCUGGAUUUGAGUGUUUUGGGGUCUCCCGUUCCGAGAUGCUGCCUAAAGGGUCUCCGUAUCUCUGGGUCUCUAUCUCUGUCUCUGUCCCCUGGGUCUCCUUGCCCUGCCAGGCUGGGCACUGCUCCUCUGGCCAGAGGGGGCCUCUGGGGGGGUCCUUGCUGCCCCGCCUGCCCACAGUGAGGCCAGGCUAGGGUAGGCCCCCGCCCAGCCCGCUGCCUGCUCCCUCCCUCCCUACCGCUUGCCUCACCACAGGGUUUGAUGAAUCAAACUCUUUGUCUGGGUGGGAUCUCCCCCAGCCAGCUGGGCAGAGAGAGGGCUUCUCCCGCCGGAGCAGGAGCAGAACAAGAUCAGCAGCGGCCCUCGGCUGGAGAGGUGAGAGGCUGCAGGAGGGCAGCCGGUGGAGGGCCAGGGGGAAGGGCUGUGGGGGCUUGGAUCCCUCUAUCAUCAGGCCUGUCCCGAGGCUCCCACAGACUCCUUGGGGAUGACUCCCUGCCCAGAGAGGACCCGGUCAGCCUGGCUCGAUCGCUGGGGUUGGGAACCCUGGGUAGGGAAGAACCCCUCUCUCGCCCCAAGUGGGGGAUCCAGGACAUCUCCCGCCCUUCUCCCGGGAGGGCCUAGCCUGAUCUGGGUGGUGGCCCGCCUGCCAGUCUGUGACCCUCCCAGCCAGCUUGGCAGGGUGUGGGCACCACUCAGCGCAGAAGGCUGCAACUCUGGGCAUGGUAGAGGAGGUUGGGUAACACCAAAGCAAGGACUUCUGGGCCCGUGUAUUUGUGUCUGUAUCUCGAUGUGUGAGUGUGAAUGGAACAGGAGUGUGAGAAAGCUUGAGUGGGUACAUAAAUAUCUGAUGGGUCAGUGUGUGUGUGUGUGUGUGUGUGUGUGUGUGUGUGUGUGUGAGAGAGUCUGUGUGAAUAUAUGUAGUUGUGUGAAAAGUGCGUGAAUGCGUGAGCCUGUGGCUUUGAAGUGUCUGAGUGUACCUAUGAGAGUGUGUAUGUCCAGGUGUGUACUUGGAAGAAAACGUGUGUGCAUGUGCCUGGAACAUACAUGGAUUGUGCGACAACGCAUGUAUGUGUGUCUGAUCAUAGGUCAGUGAGAGUUGAAAAUGCACAAGGUGGUUAAAAGCGCAGACUCAGAAGCGAGACAGCCUGGGUUUGAAUCCUGGCUCCCCCCAUAAGCCAAAUAACGUCUGUGCCUCACCUACCUCACCUAUAAAAUGGGGAUAAAAAUAGCAUCAAGUCAGGGUUGUGAGGAUUAAAUGAAAUAAUAUAUAUAAAGCACUUGCCACUUGCCCAGCACUUGCCACUCGGUAAGUGCCCAGUAAAUAUUAGCUGUUACUAUGCAGUUAGGUGCGUGAGUGUGCGCACGUGUGUACACAAGGGUUUGUCCAGGCCUCCGAGACGGAGGUGGCUUGCUGGCCAGCCCUACUGUUCUGUGUCUGCCUCUCAUAACUUUUCCCGUGCAGGCCCAGGUGGGUGGCAGAGCAAAGGAGGAAUGGACUGUGGGCCACCUGCCACUCUCAAGUCCCACCUGGCUGGGCCACGUGGCUCUGCCCGCCACCCGGUAGCUGUGUGCCAGCAGGAGAGCCUGUCCUUUGCAGAGUUGCCCGCCCUGCAGCCCCCGAGCCCUGUGUGUCUGGAUCUCUUCCCUGUGGCCCCAGAGGAGCUGCGGGCUUCUGGCAGCCGCUGGUCCCUGGGGACCCCUGCUCCUCUCCAAGGGCUGCCAUGGCCGCCAUCCCCGGAAGUCCCAGACACCGACAUCUCCACUGGUGGGGCGAUGCGGCCCAGCAGGGCUGGCAGCUGGCCACACUGUCCUAGUGCUCAGCCCCCAGCUCUGGAGGGACCCUGGAGUCCCCAGCACCCACAGCCACAGCGCCGGGCCAGUCACGGCUCAGAGAAGAAGUCUGCCUGGCGCAAGAUGCGGGUGUACCAGCGUGAAGAGCUCCCUGGCAGCCCUGAAGCCCAUGCUGUCUUCCUGGAGCCUGGCCAGGCGGCAGAGCAGGCCCUGAGCACAGAGGAGCCUAGGCCACUGGAGCUGUCUGGACCCCCCCGAGGAGGCCUGGAGGGGCCUGAGCGGAGGCGCUUCUCAGCCUCUGAGCUGAUGACCCGGCUGCACUCUUCCCUGCGCCUGGGGCGGAAUUCAGCAGCCAGGGUGCUGACCCCAGGGUCAGGCACUGGUGCAGCUCGGGAAGGAAAAGCAUCUGGAAGGGAGUCGCGCAGUGUAGAGAUGAGGGUGGACGGUCUGGCGAUGCCAACCCCUGUUGACCCGAGCGGGGGCCAUAGCGGCUGGCCCGAGCCCAGGCUGGACACGCCGGAAGAGCUGGCUCCGGGGUCCAGGAGCGCCAGCGAGCGGCGCCAGUCACGGUUUCUCCUUAACACGGUCCUCUACCAGGAAUACAGCGACGUGGCCAGCGCCCGCGAACUGCGGCGGCAGCAGCGCGAGGAGGAGGGCCCGGGGGACGAGGCGGAGGGCGCGGAGGAGGGGCCCGGGCCGCCGCGCGCCAACCUCUCCCCGAGCAGCUCCUUCCGGGCGCAGCGCUCGGCGCGAGGCUCCACCUUCUCGCUGUGGCAGGACAUCCCCGACGUGCGCGGCAGCGGCGUCCUGGCCACGCUGAGCCUGCGCGACUGCAAACUGCAGGAGGCCAAGUUUGAGCUGAUCACGUCCGAGGCCUCAUACAUCCACAGCCUGUCGGUGGCCGUGGGUCACUUCUUAGGAUCUGCUGAGCUGAGCGAAUGUCUGGGGGUGCAGGACAAGCAAUGGCUGUUCUCCAAACUGCCCGAGGUCAAGAGCACCAGCGAGAGGUUUCUGCAGGACCUGGAGCAGCGGCUAGAGGCAGAUGUCCUGCGUUUCAGCGUGUGCGACAUUGUGUUGCACCACUGUCCAGCCUUCCGCCGAGUGUACCUGCCCUACGUCACCAACCAGGCCUACCAGGAGCGCACCUACCAGCGCCUGCUCCUGGAGAACCCCAAGUUCCCUGGCAUCCUGGCUCGCCUGGAGGAGUCUCCCGUAUGCCAACGUCUGCCCCUCACCUCCUUCCUUAUCUUGCCAUUUCAGAGGAUCACCCGCCUCAAGAUGCUGGUGGAGAACAUCCUGAAGCGGACAGCACAGGGCUCUGAAGACGAAGACGUGGCCACCAAAGCCUUCAAUGCACUCAAGGAGCUGGUGCAAGAGUGCAAUGCCAGUGUGCAGUCCAUGAAGAGGACAGAGGAGCUCAUCCAUCUGAGCAAGAAGAUCCACUUUGAGGGCAAGAUCUUCCCACUGAUCUCUCAGGCCCGCUGGCUGGUUCGGCAUGGGGAACUGAUGGAGCUGGCACCACUGCCCGCAGCACCCCCCGCCAAGCUGAAGCUGUCCAGCAAGGCAGUCUACCUGCACCUCUUCAACGACUGCUUGCUGCUCUCUCGGCGGAAGGAGCUAGGAAAGUUUGCCGUGUUUGUCCAUGCCAAGAUGGCCGAGCUCCAGGUGAAGGAUCUGAGCCUGAAGCUCCAAGGCAUCCCCGGCCACGUGUUCCUCCUUCAGCUCCUCCAUGGGCCACAUGCGAAGCACCAGUUCCUGCUGAGGGCCCGGACUGACCUCCCCCUCCCUAGAAGUGAGAAGCAGCGAUGGAUCUCAGCCAUGUGCCCCUCCAGCUCCCAGGAGGAGAAGGAGGUCUUCAGCGAGGGCCAAGACCACCCCCAGGUUCAGUGUGUCAGGACAUACAAGGCUCUGCAGCCGGACGAGCUGACCCUGGAGAAGACUGACAUCCUGGCCGUGAGGACCCAAACCAGUGAUGGCUGGCUGGAGGGGGUCCGCCUGGCAGAUGGCGAGAAGGGGUGGGUGCCCCAGGCCUACGUGGAAGAGAUCAGCAGCCUCAGUGCCCGCCUUCGAAACCUCCGAGAGAAUAAGCGGAUCACAAGUGCCACCAGCAAACUGGGAGAGCCCCCCGCAUGAUGGGCAGCCAUGGCCUGGGACGCCGGCUCCGUGCCCAGCUCCUGCACAGGUCUGCAGGGACCUGUAGUGUCCCAAGCCCCAGGCCACUGCUGGUGUUCCACGGCCUGCGUCCAGAGUACAGCCCGUCCUCACACUCCUCCAGGUCCACACUUCAGGGCCGACACCAGUUUCUUCCUCCCACAGAGGGACUGCACAGGUGACCUAUGACAGCUGGCAAGGACUGGAGCCCACUCCCUUCACGCUGCCUGACUCUUGGUCCCUCUGGCAGGGGCCCAGCUGGGGACAGCUCUCGUGCUGAUGGGUGCUGGGACCUAUAUGUAUAUAGAUAUAUAUAUCUGGGGUCUUCUGGCCAGAGCCUGCAUGGGCCCUGGUGGCUGUGACUUUUCUGUAAAUAAACUCUCAUGAUGCCUUUGCUUGGAGUCUGCGGGCUGUCUGAUGCUGCCCCCACCCCAGCCCCACU